GUCCCAACUCCAAAGCUGCCACCAUGAAAUCAAUCCCAAGAAUACCUAUCACAUUUAAUACUAGGACCUUUUUAGGUCUAACCGGGGUUAGGGUGCCUAUUCCCUCGCGACAUAUACACUCAUCAGCAGCAAAAGCGGCCGUUGCGCAUCCCAUAAACGUCAGAGGGCCACCUCCAAAGCCCCCGGCUCCGUCUCCCGAAUUCGUCUCCCGAAUUGAGCGGAGAAAGAAGCAAUCAGACCUCAUACAGCAGGGCAAUGUCACAGAUUCAGGACAAGGUUCGGCGUCUUCGAAACCGCUGAAAAGACGAUUUUGGAAGGAUGUGCAUGUUAAGGAGGUGGAUGAUGGGUAUCAAAUCUUCCUAGACUCCCGCGCCGUCCGAACUCCAGCAAAGAAAAUCCUCACGAUCCCCGCUUCAAAACCACAUCUAGCACACGCCAUCGCGCUCGAAUGGGACCUGCUAGUCUCCGCCCAGCAAGCUCUAAAACAGCACUUAAUUCCAUUAACCUCCCUCACGGCAAGGGCACAGGAUAUCGUUGUGGAAGAUGCCGCCGGUCAAAAUACCAUCCGCAACCAAAUAACGAAGGCCACAAUGCGAUAUCUAGACACGGACACGCUGCUAAGCUGGGCGCCAGAGAAGAGCAUCCAUGAUCCAGAUGUACACGACCUGAAUGGGGAGGAGAAAUCGGAGAAGUCGCUGCGAGAUCUCCAGAUUAGAACUGCUCGGCCGAUCAUCGAUUUCCUAACAGCAAAAGUGUGGCCGGGCAUUGAGAUCAGACCUGCGCUAGAGGAGAAUAGCAUCAUGCCCACACCGCAACUGCCGCUUACCAAGGAGGUUAUACGUGGAUGGAUCUAUGGUUUGCCCGCGUACGAGCUAGCUGGGUUGGAAAGGGGUGUUUUGGCGAGCAGAAGUUUGUUGGUUGCUGCACGGUUUGUUAUUGAAUGGAGUGAGCAAUUCCGCCACCUGCAACCGGAGGAGCGCAGGGAGUUUGGCAUUGAGCAAGCGGCGGCGGCGUCGACGCUGGAGGUCACAUGGCAGACGGAUAAGUGGGGGGAGGUGGAAGACACUCACGAUGUUGAUAGGGAGGAUGUUAGGAGGCAACUUGGUUCUGUUGUGCUGCUUGUGGGCGGGGAACAGAGAUAGAGGAGGUGGAUGACAGCAAGGGCAAGGAGGGGGGUUAGUUAGUUAAGCCAUAAAAGUCUUCGAUUCGGAGGUUCUAGGUGUGAAUGGACAUUGUAUAUUAUCAUGUGAAUUUAAACUUGAAUAGACAUAAAUGACAGGAAGCCGCCUGAAUAAACUCCGACCAUUGACACGGAUGAAGAAGCUUGAAGCUUUGUUCCCAGUGGCAUUGGUAAGAGGUCUAAGGACAGAAUUUGCCUAGAGACAACUCAAUUUGGGCCAGAAUCUACCGGUUC